GACACAACUAUUGACUAGUCGUGACCACACGAUGCUAGGGGAAGUUAGACUUGUAUUCAUUGAUCCGUAAAGUUAAUUAUCACUUAUACGCUAUUGUUUCAUAUAUAAUUUUAUGUCAUAAAAUAGAUGCCAAUGUCACGAUUGUCAACAAAAACUCAAAGAGUUAAACCAAGUGAAUAAAACUUAUGCAAGCUGUUGGGAGGGUAAUAGAAUAGCGUUCUAUACGACGCAUAUAUCUAUGCAUUUUUUCUUGUAUAUUCGGAACGGAACUUGACCAUAAGCUCCGUAACCAGCGAAACAUUCCAUAUGAUCAGUACUUUAUGGUUCUUGUUUAAAAGCAUUUCAUAUUUAGUAACAUAUAUGCCAGAAAAACAACCCAAGGACACAUGCAUUGUGCGAAAUCAGUAAAUGGGACAGCCGCCACACUUUGUGUGAUCCAAUCAGUGAACACGUUGCAGUAGUCGGUGUUGUGUCUUAGUUUAUGUGAAGUUCAUCCAUGUUGAUAACAAAAUGUCGGCUCGGGACAUAUUAUCGGAAGUAAAGAGGGAUUUUAACAGUGUUUAAUGGAAAGUGCACCCCAAUCUGUGAGCCCGCAAAUUCAGCGGGUUCUAAAAAGUUUCCAGACGUCAGCAAAUAGGACACUACAAGGCCCCGGUGGUGUUGUUAUGCUACCGAAUGGAUCGCCUCAUUCACGCAUGUUAAAACUAACAGGGGAUGACCUUACACGCAAGUCAUUUGAAUCACGGAGUGGAUUAAACAAAGAAUUUGAGUACAUGUAUCGUUUCAAUCACCAGGUCCAACAACUGCCCGUGUUUACACCUGCAGAUAACAGCAGAAGUGAGAGGACGGAAACCCUUCUUGAAAAUGAAAGGAUUGCAUGUUUCAAUGUUGGCGGUGAAAAGAGGUUAUGUUUGCCUCAGAUUUUUAAAACUGUGCUUAAAGAUUUAGAACUUUCAGAAAUCAAUGCAGCUUGUGACGAUCUGCACAUUUUUUGUUCCCGGUGUCAGCCAGAGCAGCUAGAAAUACUAAAACUCGCAGGGGAUCUCCCAUCGUCAGCACCCAGUUGCGGGCUUAUUACAAAAACUGAUGCUGAACGUCUGUGUAAUGCUUUGCUAAGAAGCUCAGGGGAGGACCCCCUUCUCACACCCUUCGCCCAACUUUUUAAAGUUUAUCAUGAGUGCUUCGGAAAGUGUGGAGGAAACUUUAAUCCUGACGCAUACACAUCACCAAAUGCAUACUGCAUUCAGUGCACUGACUGUGGAUUUUGGCUAACUCCACAAAAAUUUGUUUGUCAUUCGCAUAAAUCUCUGGAAAAUCGUACAUGCCAUUGGGGCUUUGAUUCUUCAAAUUGGCGGUGUUAUGUUUUAUUGGCCAAACACCAACCAGGACUUGAUAAACUAAGGGACAUUCUCGAGCAAGUAAAAUCGCGCUUUGAUGCAAGCAAAAAAUACAAGAGAAAAAUACAGGGUUUGGACACAAAUGAAGAAUCGGUGAAACGGUGCAGGAGUGAAGAUGCGGGUUCAUUAUCGCUGGAGGGAGGCUGGGGAGACAGUGGUUCCACGCUGCGUGCCAUGAUGUCGGCCUUCCAGCCAUGGCCCCCUACCACAAGAGCUAAGGACUGCAAGAUGCUGCCAGCUCCGCCAGCCAUCAUGAGAGAAGGGAUUUCUGGCACAGCCCCAUCCUUCCUCCAUUCAGGCCCCCCAGUGCUCCUGCACCCUGACAAGGUGGUGCCACACUCCGAAUCCAGCAGAUAUGAGCCGAACUACGCACCCAACGUAUCUCUGGCGCCUGUACAGAAGUGUAAAGGGGAGGAUGAUGAGGACGAUGGUGAUGGGGAGGCAGAGAGGAAGUCCAGGGUGGGGUCACCCGAGCCUGCGCCCUCCCAGCCUGCGUACAGGGAGUGGGACCUCUCAGAGAGUGAGGACUCCUCUGUGGAACAUGGGUCACCUGCACAGGGUGAGGAUUCAAGGCUUUCCCCAACCACUGAGAACCAGCGUGCCCUUGAAAUAGAGUUGGAAAUGAUUCGACAAGCGCUGGAUGGGAAGAUUGGAUCCAACAAGGAGGAGAAAGACCGCUUCUUGCACGAGUUUUGUAAGCUGCGGUCUAAACACCAGGAAUUUUUGAACAGAAAUAUUCAGGCACGAAGAAAUUUGAAACAGGAGCUGGCCAAUGCAAAGGCGUGCUCCAGGGAGCGCUAUCAGGAGGCCAGUGAGCAGCAGGCCCACAUGGAGAGAGAGAUGGACAAGUAUCGCAGGGACGCUGAGGCACGACUCAAGGAGGUGAAAGAUGACAAUGCCAAGUUGCUGAAGGAUGUGCAGAUAAUGCAGGACCGUGAUGAGAUUGGGAUUGGAAAGAUUCAGGAGCUGCAAGGCAGACUGCAGCAGUAUGAGAUGAUAUUUCAACAGCUACAUGUGGAGAACAUUGUGAUGCGAGAGAAGUUACACCAGAUGGGUGUGAAUGUGCUAGAUCUGACAAAAGGAGCGUGUAACGGGGGCUUCAGUCUGCUGCGGUCCCCAUCUGGCUCCCCGCCCCAGCGCUCCCCCACGGAGGUCCCCACCCCACACCUGCACCCUGGCUACCUGCACCUGCUGCGUGCUGGUAUCCUGCCCCUGUACUCCGGGGUGCCACCAGCUGACAGGUUCAUUAAAAAGGAGCAUGAUGGUACUUGAAUAGUGACUUGUACACACAUUGGUUCUGUAUUCAGUAACUGUUUGUACAGUAUGAGUUGUUAGAGAAACCGUAUGCUGUUAAGACUUUUAUCACUGGCGUGGAAUUACACUAGGAUAUUCUAAUUGGAAAUUCAUCUACUGGUGUUACGUUUUAGCUAGUUUACUGUUUGUUUCUUAUAAUUUUAACUUAUGACUGUGAUUUUUAUCAUGCACAAGUUUUUUUUCUAGAACUGUGUUGCCAAUUUAAAUUGUUACAAUUGUUGAGGAUGUAGAAUAAAUUACUUUAUGUAAAGAGUAAUGUAUGCCAGACAUUGGGAUUUUUAGUUGCUGUAAACUGUGCUUUCUUAUAUGAGGCAUACCGUGCAUCAGUAUGACUAUGACUGUGUGUCACAGCUGGAUUUGAUCAUGAAAACAAUGUGAUGCCAUAUUAAUGUUACCUAUUAAUUACGGAUACUUGCAAUUUCCUGUGUAUUUUACUCGGGAACAAACAAGAAAAUUUGUGUGGUACUUCUGAUGUACUUAAGAUUGCUUGGGAAUUCAUGGUUGAAGAAGUCGAGGGUUUAUUGUAUGGCUGGAAAUGUAAAGCUGUUGUUUUUUUCCUUGCGCGCUGUUAUAUACAUAGUGUGUAUCAAUAAUACAUUCUUGUGUGUCAGUUGUGAAUUGCUUUAGGUGUUGAUUUUGAGUACGAUAUCUAUGAAUGUUUAGAUGGAAAUGUUAUUGAACUUGCGGAAAUGUUAUUGAACUUGCUGAUCAUUUAGUAAAAGUUGUGCCUCUAUUGACAUUUUGCUCUACUUGACAUUUUAAAUGUCCCGUAUCGAACCCCAUACAAAUUACAUUUGGGUAUGAGUUGGUGAGAUAUGGUAAAAUAUUAUUUAUUGAGUUAUGAAAUCACACAUUUACAGUCAUAGUAGUAAGCAAGCAAGUCUGAAUUCUUAUAUCAUUUCUUGAGACUUAGAAUGGUCACAAGCUCGCCUAUAUGAAAUCUCGAACAUAAGCAAGCCUGGUACAACAUUCUUUGUGAGAGCUUGGAACAACAUUGACCAGUGUGUGAGAGCUUGGAACAACAUUGACCAGUGUGUGAGAGUUUGGUACAACAUUGACCAGUGUGUGAGAGCAUGGUACAACAUUGAACAGUGUGUGAGAGCUUGGUACAAAAUUGACCAGUGUGUGAAAGCCUGGUACAACAUUUACCAGUGUGUGAAAGCUUGGUACAACAUUGACCAGUGUGUGAGAGCUUGGUACAACAUUGACCAGUGUGUGAGAGCUUGGUUUAACAUUGACCAGUGUGUGAGAGCCUGGUACAACAUUGACCAGUGUGUGAGAGCUUGGCACAACAUUGACCAGUGUGUGAGAGCUUGGUACAACAUUGACCAGUGUAUAGAAAUACAGACAGGAAAGAAAAUUCAUCAAAACUUCAUUAGAAAGCAAAAUGUUUCAGAAAUAUGGUAUUACACAAUAUUGGGACAAAUAAAAAACACACAUUUUUUUCACAGAUUUUUGUCAAGUAUUUUGUCAACUUUUUGUGUGAAGGAUUAUUAUUGAUUUUUUAUUUUAGCUCACCUGAUUGCUCAGGUGAGCUUUUGUGACCGGUCUUUGUCCGUCGUAUGUCCGUCCGUCCGUCCGUUAACAUUUGCUAGUAAACACUAGAGGCCACAUUUCUUGUCCUAUCUUCAUGAAACUUGGUCAGAAGCUUUGUCCCAAUGAAAUCUCGGCCGAGUUCGAAACUGGGUUGUGCCGGGUCAAAAACUAGGUCACUAGGUAAAAAAAAGAAAAACCUUGUAAACACUGUAGAAGUCACAUUUCAUGCCCAAUCUUCAUGUAACUUUGUCAAAAUGUUUGUCUUAAUGCUAUCUUGGUUGAGUUCAAAAGUGGUUCCGAUCCGUUGAAAAA